AACAUACUGGCAGCCCUAAAAUAAUAUCAAUAGCCGGCAUGGAAUGAUAACAAACAAGUCUAACUAAAUUUGAUAGAUAAGCAGCCUACCUCGGCGUAAUAGCAAUUGUCAAUUGGAAAAUUAGCUCUAAUCCUUCAUUAAAUAACGUCACUAUUUAAUAAUAAGCUAAUGCGAUGGCGACAAAUCCUAAAUUCACAUUUCGACGAGCCAAAAUCGAAGACAUUGGUGCCGUACGUCAAAUGAUACAGGAACUGGCUGACUUCGAAAAGAUGAGCGAUGGCCCGAAGCUAACAGAGAAAGACUUGAUACGCGAUGCCGGGCUCGAUGGAGGUCAAGAAUAUUGUCACAUUUAUGUGCUCGAACUGCAAACUCAAGAGCAGCCUACGCCCGUCACUAUAGGUUAUAGUAUUUGCUUCUACUCCUACUCAACAUGGCAAGGGAGAGCGUAUUUUCUUGAGGAUAUUUAUGUGCGACCCGCAUAUCGUCGUUUAGGUGCUGGUUCCUAUAUUUUCCGUGCUAUUGCGGAUAAAGCAAAGGAAUACAAUUGUAAACGUUUGGAUUUUCAUGUGCUUGGUUGGAAUCCAGCGCGUAAAUUUUAUGAAAGAAUGGGCGCUGUGGAUUUGACUGAGAGUGAAGAAUGGCAUUUUUAUCGGCUGCAUGGCGAACAAAUUGAGAAAUUGGCCCUUGGAGUGUAGAAUUGUUUUGCCAAAACGAAGCAAACAAAAGCAGGGCAAGUAGUAAAUUGCUACAACAACAACAACAAAGCAAUAAAGGAAGGUAGUGAACUGCUACAAUGAGACGAUAUGGCAUUAAGGGGUUAUAUACAGGUAGAAGAUCGAAAAAAAAACGAAUUUUCCAGAAUUUUUUCUGAGGAAACUUUUAAAUUUAUUGAUCUAAAAAUGUGUACA